UCACGGCCACUCCCACGGAGGACACGGUCACUCGCACAGCUCAGGAGGUGGAGGAAUGAACGCCAACAUGAGAGGCGUUUUCCUUCAUGUUCUCGCCGACACGUUGGGCAGUGUCGGCGUCAUCAUCUCCACCAUCCUCAUCCGACAGUUCGGUUGGCUAAUCGCUGACCCAAUUUGUUCGCUCUUUAUUGCUACGCUCAUUUUUCUGAGUGUCAUCCCUCUGCUGAAGGAAGCCUGUGAGGUUCUCCUUCUACGGCUACCUCCAGAGCAUGAGAAGGACCUGAACCAGGCUUUGGAGAAGGUAAGAUGUUAGAUAUAGAGAGGAUAAAUAAAAUUGAUGCUAAGGUUACGUAAAAAAAAGAACUUUGGUACUCUACCUCCAGGAGAAAGUGCCAUCCUUGAGGUGUCAAGGAUGGCACUUUCUCCUGGAG